AUGCAGGCAUAUGGCGUCCUGAUCGUGCACAUGAUUCCAGUGCUCUUGCUGGCAUCCCCACAAGCCGUGGCGCAGACGUUGGCGUUCAACUCGCUCGGGUUCUUUAUGAUAUUGCACCCGCUUCUGGAUGGUGCCGACAUGCUUGAACAAGUCUUUGGAACGUUCACGAUCCUGGGCUUGGCACGAAGUUGCAUGGGCAAUGUGCAUCCAACUCGUGCGAUAUGCGCCGGAGUCCUCAGCAACAUGACUGAGGGCAUCGUCGUUCGAAUUUUCCUACGUGCCUUCGAUGCUGGCUUGCGAGUCCCGCCGCAGCAGGGCCGAUUGAGCGGGGUUGGUGAUGAGAAGUUCCUGACGGGUGCCUCCUCGUAUGCCAUGCAGCAGGUGCUUGACCUCACCCGAUGUCGGGAGGGAGGAACUGCUCUGCGCCAUGCGCUGCAGAUGCUCCGACACAGGCUCGACCGCAGAGAGCAGGCAGUUGCGCAGUUCCUGUUUCUCCAUUACUGUGCUGUCCAGCACAAAAUGGGCAGUGCCCCCCUGGCCCGUAUUCUAGAUUUCGCCGCCGAGUCGCAUGAAGGCUCAGCCGAGCCGUUGCUGAGAGACUUUGCGGUGUCGGAGGUCGCAUCUCACACUGAAAUAGGAGAGCGGUCGAGUUCAAUGUCCACCUUGGAGCGAAUUUCGAGUGUGACUCGCCGCUUCAUCGACUCUCUUUGA